GCAUAUCAGCAGGUGCUUCUUGAGCAGCCUGGCAGUUCCCCGCGCGCAGUGCUCCCAACCACUGCGAGAUUGCGAGUAUGCGGGCGGUGGAGACCCACCGUGCGCAGUUGGCGGAGGAGUUGGAGGAGGUGAGGCAGCCAUUCUGGGUGACUGGUGCCACCCUCCUCUCCGAUGGGAGGAAAUCACGAGACGGGAGACCGAUUGUGAAUUUCCUUGCUGCUGGCUCUCGAGGGGUCGUCGUGUACACGACAAUCAAUCGAGAGGGCGAGGCGGACGAUGCAGUGCACGUCCUUCGGAGAUGGGUUACCAUCUUCCACGAGUUCAGCUUCGGCGGGCCGCAGCGGAUCAAUGCGAUAUGCACUGACUCCGCUUGCAUAUGUGGGGGCAGCGAGGGCAUUGACAUCGCCGUCCAUACCUCCUGCACUGAGGAGGAUCACUUGGCUCCCGUGCUCCGUCCAUGUCUGCAACAAAUUGUUGUCAGACAUGGGGACGAGUUGCGACGCGUUUGGUUCUUACUGAACCCCCGCAGGCGACACGUUCGCUACUUUUCGGGGAAGGUGGAGCGGUACGAUGCUUGGCUUGUGGGGCAAGCCAAGAGGUACUUUUUGACGCAGACGGGAUUCGAGUUGGAGGGUGCGGAGUACAUCCUUGCAUGUCGGCAGUUUGAGGACUUCCACAUUCAGCAGGGCAGGUUUGGGGAUUGGGGCGGUCCGGAGGGGCGUGCUCGUGGGCGCGCGUGGAGUGGCAAGAGCGAGACGAUUGAGUGCGCGUCUUGGUGGUCUCAGUACGGGGCUCGCGCGCCAAAAUUGCAGCAUUGCGCUCUUCGGAUGAUGCACAUGUGGUCUUGCGCCUCUCCAGCGGAGAGGAACUGGGCAGUCCACGGGGGCAUUCACACGAAGAAGCGCAACCAGUUGGUCUUCGAGAAGGUCGUGCAACUCGUUGAGAUCACCGCAAAUCUGCGGUUGACUGAGGGGACCACGGACGAGGAGAUUGCCCGUCAGGUUGCACUUAUUACCCGGGAUCCCAUCGGGGCGUCCACACCACCCUCGGCUGAUGCCGUUUUCGAUAGACGUGCUUGCAUUUUUCGUCCCUACCCUAGGGAGGACGACUCAGACGAGGAGCCGAUACCUGUAGCGGCAGAUGACCCUGCGCUCCGCAUUCCCCGGGAGAUCAACGAGACGCACGAGGAUCCCGACUCCGAGGAGACAAGGGCACAGACUGCACGACGGGCGGCGGACCGGGCGGAGAGGGAGAUGCUGGGGGGAGACGAGGACUUUUGGGGCCCAUUCGGUGAGGUCGCUUCCACGGGCGGCCCAGAGGCGGAGGCGACGACCCCCACUCCGACAAGGCGGGAUUCGUCCAUGCCGCCACCUCCUGCUCCGAGUCCUGCACCACGAUCGCCCGUCUCGCCACUUCAGCCGGACAGGGAGGAGUUGGGAUCCUCUUUGCCUCAGCACCGCCUUCUCCACAGAGGCGGGGCAGAGGAGGGGGCACCUUUGGCAGCAGCAGUGGAGAGUUCGGUGGCACCAGCGGCGGUGCCGGACGCGACGAUCGCGGCCGCGGUGGAGGAGAUAGCAACAGCAUCAGUGCUGGAGGAGAUGGCAGCAUCAGUGCUGGAGGAGGAUCCACCAGCGGCAGGAGGAGGUGCAACAGUGGAGGGGCAGGUGGUAGCAGCAGGAGGAGCAGGUGGAGGAGCAGCAGCAGUGGAGGUUGAGGUGGCAGUAGCAGUGGAGGAGGAGGCGGCACUGUCGGCAGCGACAGUGGAGGAGGAGAUAGCCGCACAGGCCGAGGUGCAGCGUGGGGGCGAUGACGAGCGCCUCAUGCAGCAGUUCCUCACGGAGGAGCUCGGUCCGGCCAUAGCGGCCACGGUGCAGUGUACACCUGCGCCCUCCUCAGUAGUGGGUUUCCCGACAUCUCCGUCGCGGUUCGCCCCUCUCGCUUUUGGAGUUGAGGUAUCGCAGGACUCGACAGAGUGUAUUCAGCCCUCUGUCGCAGUACCGUCUGCGCCUCCGCAGACCACCGUCUCCCCUCCUCCCCCGCCGCGACUACCGACGCGUCGAGCCGUUCGCUCAAUCCGUUGCAGCGAGCAGCUUGCCACUCGUGAGGAUGUUGUGUCCUCUCUUCUGGACUUGAGCAUGCUCCAGGCUCGUCAGGAGCGACUCACCUUCCAUGUCGCUGCACUGCGUCGCCUUCUCGCCAUCCUCUCUAACCCUGAUCGCACCCUCCCGAUCAUUCCCGUACGACUCGGGACCUCCACGAGGGUGUACUCAGCGCUGUGGGAUUCCGGUUCUCAGGGCGACUUCAUUCACCCACGCGUGGUGAAGGAAGCGCGCUUACCCACGACAGGGUCUCCGACUCCCAUCUCUGUUACCCUAGGGGAUGACAAGACCCAUCGCUUCUUCGAUCAGACGGUCACCGACCUCCCCUUCUUCCUCACUCUCGAGCCGACUGAGCGUUCCCCGGCGUCUCGUCGCCACCGCUCCUCUGCACAUUUCGAUGUGAUGGAGACGGGGUACGACUUCAUUCUCGGCACUCCGUGGUCUCCUCGGUUUCCGCAGCACCGAGGCCGAUUGGGCGACCAACACUCUCUAGGGACGUCGGGGAGUCGGGAUGGGAAGGGAAGUGACAGGGAGGUUAGUGCAGGGUGGGAAGUCGGGAUGGGAAAGGGGGUCAGUCCACAGAGGGAAAUCCGGAUGGGAACGGGGGUCGGGGGAGGGGAGUCGGGGAAUGGAGGUCGGGCACUCGGCGGAGGGAAGUCGGGGCAGGGAAGUCGGCGGAGGCAGGGGAGUCGGGAUGGGAAGGGAAGUCGUGGGAGGGGGGUCAAUGCAGGGAGGGAAGUCUGGAUGGGAAGGGGGAUCAGUCCACGGAGGGGAAUCGUGAUAGGAAGGGGGGUCGGGGGGGGGAAGUCGGGCAAUGGAGGUCGGCCACUUGGCGGAGGGAAGUCGGGGGAGGCACGAGAGUCGGGAUGGGAACGGAAGUCGUGGGAGGGCGGUCAGUGCAGGGAGGGAAGUCGGGAUGGGAAGGGGGUUCGGGGGAGGGGAGUCGGGGGAGGGAAGUCAGGGAAUGGAGGUCGGCCACUCAGCGGAGGGAAGUCGGGGCAGGGAACUCGGGGAAGGAAGGGGAGUGGGGAUGGGAAGGGAAGCUAUGAAACACCCGCGGACGCGUCCGCGGGUCCGAUAUCGGAUGGCGGACGCAGAUGGGGCCGCGUCCGCGACUGACCUGGUCCUCGCCGCGGACCCGAUUUUACCAGAAUUUUUCUGAAUUAAAUAAUAGGUUAAAAAAAAAAAAAAAAAGGGUUGUAGGGAAUUUUAAGCCCUAAAACCACA